UGGAAGUGAUUUUGAUAUAAUUGAGUAUAAUCUUAAUUGAAAGAUGGUAUUAUCAUAGCCCAGUGAUUUUGCUAGUUAUUCUAGAUGUUUGCCUACAAGUAGUUUUGCUUUAUAUUAACUCUCUCCCUUUUUCUCCCCCUCUUCCUUUCCUACUAACACAAGAGACGAAAUGCGAGAUCAGGCACAAAGACUCAUGAAGAGACGAGAGUCCGCGGAAAACAACAGCACCCUUGUCAACAUCGAGAAAAAACUCUCUAACAUCGAACACAGGCUCAGCUUUAUAGAGGAACAGAAUAAUGAGAUACAACACAAGAUACGGACAAACAUGAGGACUGAACACCUCAGUGAAAAAGAGAUGAUUUCUGGAGCCAGCUCUGAGUCCGGUAUUGAUAAAGCAGAAAUGGACGAUGGUCAAUACCUGGUUUCUGACCAUGAGGUAGAGGAAAUAUUUAGCAAACAGAGUGAUAUUCAAAAGCGGCUGGGAUGCAAACACGACAUGGAUGGAUGUACUAUCAGCAAGAUCAAGAUUCACAAGAAGAGUGGGAAGACCAAGGAGUCUGCUGAUGUUCACAUAUGGGACAUCUUGUCACAUGACAAGACAGCCGCUGGGGCUGAAACCAUGAUAAAACUGUUAAAGGUUUAUCCCAAUGUACACAAAAGAGCUAGACAAGGGUGGGAGAAGAAUGAAUUUGAUACAGCUAAUGAGCUGACUCUUGGGGUUCCAAGUAAAAUAAGGAGAAAGAAAAUGAAAUCUCCUCAGAAACAUGUAAAGAACCCUUUUUCUGAGAGAGAAAUAGUUGGUAGUGCCAUCAAGCCUACAUGUAGGUUUUGUAGGUGCCAGGCAGGCAAGAAUGCCCAGGGGAAGGAUGACAGCCUCAACUUUGACUUGAGGAGAGACCAAACAAUUCAUAGUUUCCCCACUCGGAAGCCAAGCAACCGCCUGCUGGCUCACCCUAGGGUGGAAUGCGAGUGUCGUCAGGACCCUUGGGCCAAUAAGGGCCUCAGUCCCUUCCUGACGGUGACUGGGAAACACGUCCCUCUCCGUGACAGGGAUAUACUCUACACUUGAACUGUUAAACGUUUCAAAAAUGAAACACCCUACUCACAAACUCACACUAACAUAGCUUUCUGGAAUCUUCUCAUGUGCAUUCAUAGACAAAGUGCAAUAUCUUUUUGUACAUUUUGAUAAUUUAUAGUGAAUUUAUAUUGUCCUUUGCAUCAAAAAUU